CAACCCCCGUGUCAGGCCAGACAGGCCUCUCCGCGUGCGUUUGACAAGUGGAACGCUACGGUGUCUAGGGACCCCCGUGGAAGGGGCUGCUAGCCGGGCCGUGGUGGGGCCGUCUGGCACAGAUCGCGGCCGAGCCCCAGGGCGAAAGGGGUAUUGUGGGUGACGUUGGGCUCUGGCCCCGCUUCUUAAAUUACCCGGGGGUGCGGUGAGGUCCAGGGGGAAGAGGCCCUGGCCAGGUCUCCUGGCGCCUGCGCCCCCAGCCUGGGCCAUCUCGGUGGGGGGGCCCGGGAGACGUGUAAGUUUCAUCCAUCCCCAGGCUGAGGAGUAGGUGCUCCUGGCAGGAGGGGGCCGCCCUCAUUCAGCCCUGCCUGCACGGGGCGAGGAGAGGCCUCCUAUCGGGGGAGCCCCACCCUGCCGGGCCCUGCGGAGGCGGGGCUGAAGCCCUCAGCCAGCAGCCACGGACGCCUCCACAAGGCUGGAGAACAGCCGGGCGUGGAGGAUGGAGGCCCUUCCGUGGAGAGCCUCCGCAGACAGGCGUGUGCUUCUGCAGGAGAUUCAGCCGGGAAGGUGGAGCCGGGCUGGGCUCCGAGGCUCUGGGGACAGAGAGGGCCCCACAGAGCAGGCCCACAGCCUCUGGCGCCAGCCAGAACGUGCCCCUCCCUGGGCCCUGCUCACUGGCUCUGAGGACCCACGUACUGGGGCCCACGCUGUCCGCUAGUCGCCGGAACUGGGACUGGAGGCCGGUGCCCCUCAAGGGCAGGGCCUUCCCCUGGCUCCCCCGACUCAGCCCUGACAGCCGCAGAGUGGUUUUUCCCUCUUUAUUCUUAGAUGGGAGACACAGGCCCCAGGGAGGGUCCCUGCUGGCCCAUGCCAGCACCCAGUUCCCUCACCCGGCCGCAGAAGGGCUGUGCUACCUGGCCUGCCCUCUGCUUCCCCGGAGCUCGGGCUGUGUGGCAGCAAGGGCCAUGGGGGCCUGAGUUUGCUUCCCGGGAUGGUUGGGCCCCCUCAUUCCUGCAUCAGAGGACGAACCCCCAGAGGGACUCAUGGGCAGGCAGGGCUCUGAGUGUGUCUGCAGCAUCGGGGCUGCACUAGCCAGCCUCCCUGGAGCAAUGGCACGUGACGAUCCUGGGUGUGGGCCAGCCCCUCUCUUGGACCCGGUCCCCUGGCCAGGCCCCUUCACCCCAUCCCAGGAGCAGGGCCCUAAGCCAGCACCCCAGACGUGCAUCAGAGCCGACCACUGGACCAAACUCCCCAAGUCCAAGCAUGGACGGCACCUCACACUCCUUGGGGGACAGGACCAUCACCCCGGGCAGCCCAGAGGGGACUCCUGAGCGCCUGCAUUUAGAGCUGACUGGAGGGGGCAACAAUGCUGGCCACACCGUGGUGGUGGACGGCAAGGAGUAUGACUUCCAUCUGCUACCCAGCGGCAUCAUCAACACCAAGGCCAUGUCCUUCAUUGGCAACGGAGUGGUUGUCCACUUACCAGGCUUGUUCGAAGAAGCAGAAAAGAAUGAGAAGAAAGGCCUGAAGGACUGGGAGAAGAGGCUCAUCCUCUCUGACCGGGCCCACCUCGUGUUCGAUUUUCACCAGGCGGUGGAUGGGCUCCAGGAGGUGCAGAGGCAGGCCCAGGAGGGCAAGAACAUCGGCACCACCAGGAAGGGGAUUGGACCGGCCUACUCAUCCAAGGCGGCCCGCACGGGCCUCCGUGUCUGUGACCUCCUGUCAGACUUCGACGAAUUCUCCACCCGGUUCAAGAAUCUGGCCCAUCAGCACCAGUCCAUGUUCCCCACUUUGGAAAUAGACGUUGAAGGUCAACUCAAAAGGCUGAAGGGCUUCGCUGAGCGGAUCCGACCCAUGGUCCGAGACGGCGUUUACUUCAUGUACGAGGCGCUCCACGGCGCCCCCAAGAAGAUCCUCGUGGAAGGCGCCAACGCAGCCCUCCUCGACAUUGACUUCGGGACCUACCCCUUUGUGACGUCAUCCAACUGCACGGUGGGCGGCGUAUGCACCGGCCUGGGCAUCCCCCCCCAGAACAUAGGCGAGGUCUACGGCGUGGUGAAGGCCUACACCACACGCGUGGGCAUCGGCGCCUUCCCCACCGAGCAGAUCAACGAGAUCGGUGACCUGCUGCAGAGCCGCGGCCACGAGUGGGGCGUGACCACAGGCAGGAAGAGGCGCUGUGGCUGGCUGGACCUGAUGACCCUCAGAUACGCCCACAUGGUCAACGGAUUCACCGCGCUGGCCUUAACGAAGCUGGACAUCCUGGACGUCCUGGACGAGAUUAAAGUCGGCAUCGCGUACAGGCUCAGCGGGAAGCGGAUCCCCUACUUCCCAGCCAACCAGGAGAUUCUGCAGAAGGUGGAGGUGGAGUAUGAGACGCUGCCUGGGUGGAAGGCGGACACUACGGGCGCCAGGAAGUGGGAGGACCUGCCCCCACAGGCCCAGAGCUAUAUCCGUGAAAUGGGUUGGUGUUGGCAAAUCCAGAGAUUCGAUGAUCCAGCUGUUUUAGACCAAGACAGAGCUGAUCCCGGCAGGCCACGCCCACGCCAGUGGCCACAGUAGCGUCCUUUCCCCAGCCAGCAGAACCAACGCCGCAGACAAAGAGAUUUGAAAACCAUUUUCUGUACUUUUAUAUUUUUCUUUAAGCCUUCAGCUCCACCCACUGAUUUCUACAACUUGAAACAUCUGAAAACCAGUGUUGGGUACAUUUUAAAAUCUGCUAUUUCCAGUGAGCCGAAGCGCUCAAAACAGAGACCUUUUAUGGCACGUGAAUUGUCACAUGGUUGUAUGCCCGGUUGGAGCCAUUUAGUAAUAAACAAAUCCGACUGCCGCUGAACGGUAGUGAGCAGUGCA